AGGUCUCCCCCCGGGCCCUUUUGGCCUUUAAGUACAUGAGUAGAUCGACACGGGUAAAGAUGUUGUGCUGGUUUAUCUGUGAUGUGUCCAAAGCUUAUGUCGAUGUAGCAGCCGCAAGGCUGUCCUGUAAAUGCUCUACCAUUUACCGGUAAGAAUUUUCUAGCCUUGUCAACGUCACCCUGUCCGCCAAAUAGAAAAAUGCUGGCCUCUCUCCCGCUCCUGUCCCGGCAGGAGGUGCAGCACCAGUGCGAGGUGAAGGGGAAGAAGUGGAUCAUUGUGGACAACACGGUUCUCGAUGUCGCACCGCUGAUCAACGACAAGGAUGGGGCGCACAAGGGUGGCAACGUCUUUGCGAUCGGCCGGGACAACACACACCUGUUCCACGAACUGCACGCCAACUUGCCAAUCAUGAAGUCCGCGCACCGGCCCGACUUGCCCUCCAUCACCGCGCACAUCUUCGAAAAGGUGCAGAAGCACGCGGUGGGAAAAAUAGGAACCGGGUCCUCUGCCUCAACUACUUCCGACGUGCCUCUCAUCUCCCCGAGCCACCGGUUCUGGCAGCCGUCGGAGCGACGGCCGCCGUUUUUGGAAAAGGUCAAGACCAGCAUCGGGGAUACAAACGUGGCCGCGGAGCUUGUAGCAAACGCAGUUGCCGGUUUGACGGACGUUCAGCUCCGCGCAUUUUACGCGAUUGUCGGGCUCCUGACCGCGGACGCCGCCGCGCAGCCGACGCACUGGAACUACAAAGUGACGUAUUACCACCGAAAUUUGAAGGACCUAAACCGGUUUGAAACCCCGGAGUUCUUGUGCCCCAGUCAGAACCAGUACUACGAAGUGCCCUGCGGGUCCAACAGCUGUUUCGGUGACCAGGCCUUCGUGAUUCUGGAAUCCAUGGCGAGGUGCGGGAAACUGGAAGUGGACGAUUUGGUGAAACAACACGUGCUCGCGUUCGGACCGAACACGAGCAACUACGGCCCGCUCGGGAACACAAACGUCCAAUCCGCGUAUCCUGCUGCAAAAACGUGUUUGUCCCCGACUUUUGAGGUUUGCGUUUUGUCAUGCGCCUGCGCAUGAUGUGGAAGAGAGCCACUUAUUUCCACUCGUGCUUUGUCGUGCUGUGCAGAUAUGCAGAAACAACUCGCUUUAUGUAUUGCGGCCGUCCUGGCUGCGCCUGCGUACGGUUACGCGUGACACUGCGCUACAAUUGUCUACCCCAGCUUCCUGAUGUGUGGCAGAAAGCGUGCCGCAAUACUUGCCUCGGGGGUGUGUGCGUUUUCACUCAGGAUACCGUGGGCGAUUUACCGAUCCGCGGGCCGUGGCGACACGGCAGCUUGGAUAAGUUUCUGCGGAAUGUGACGAUCUUGGGGAAGAAAUUUCCCACCUGCGGGUCGAAUGACGGAAGCUCGGACUGCUUCAUUCGGGCGGUUCCGGUUGUUGCGCUCCACGCCGGGAGGGAAGACUAUGAGAGUGCAUAAUCAUCCCCCUUUCCUCUCGUCGUGUUUACAAACAAACGCAUGAAGAGGACCAGCAACACAAGCAACGACAGAAAUGUGGCCUCUGCGUGACAAAUCCGCGCAGGGUUUGUUGUACUGUCUGAGUUCCGGAUGUUCAUGUUCUUGAUGCAGACAGUCAUCAUCGGGAAUGAAUACUUAUCUGCGUUUGGUAAUAGUUUUGCACAACACAAAUGAGGCGGACGGGAAGGGUUUUUUUGCUCUUUCAUACCGACAUGCUGGAGCAAGUGGCGGCGGUCGUUCGCAUCACCCAGAACAAUGCGCUCACCGUCGCGUACGCUUGCGCGGCCGCGCGGAUUUUGGAGCAGAUCAUUCUUUUUGGAUCCACGGGAAAUCAGGCCGUGAAGCACUGCGCCGACGCGCUGCUGUCCACUUCGGCCGGACAAAGCAGAACAAGUCAGAGGGCGAGAGCCAGUUCCGGGUUGGAUUCCGAGAUUGGCGAGCAACUUGUCGAGCUGGAGGAGCAGCUGAGCGACAUGCCUUACCUGGACGGCGUGCGCGCCUACUCCGGCGGGCAAUACAACGCCGUGACCGUGAGCUGA